AUGUUCACCUCUCGUACUGCCAGAUUCGCCGAAGAGAUCCGCCGCGAGACGAAUGGGCGCGGCGUGGAUCUCAUCCUUAACUCCCUGACCGGUGAUCUCUUCAACAAAUCCUGGCAACCGACUGCCGAUGGAGGCAUCAUGGCCGAGAUCGGCAAGCGGGAUAUCGUCGACUGCAAUAGCCUGACCAUGGUGUCAUUUGACUGCAACUGCUCAUUCCGCGCUGUCAACCUGUCCGACACCCGCGAGAUCACCAAUACGCUGGUCGGGGACCUCCUGGGCGAGGUAUUCGACCUGAUAAAUGGGGUCGUGUUGGAUCGAUCCAUCCCAUCACCCGCUACCCCUUUGACGAGGCCAUGCCCGCCCUGUCGUAUAUGCGCGGCGGCAAGCACAUGGGCAAGGGGCUAG